AUGGAGCCUCACGCCCGUAGUCGAGAAUUCCCCCCCCCCCCUUCUUUCUUCAUCAUGGUCGCGGGGGCCUCAUCCCCUCCGUCGUCCCUUCCUCCGGAUCUUCUUUUUCUUUCUUCUUCUCCUCCUCUGGGGUCAGAUCUGGUCUCCUCGGUGACUCCAGCUCCUCACGUUGCUGCUGUUUCUUCUAUUCCGUCUUCUGGUGCAGUGGCGAGUCCAGCUGUUCUCUCAGGUGCUCUCACUCAUUCGGGAAAGCCGGCUUCUUGGGUUUCUAACUUCAAGCCGCAAUUCAAAAAUUUAUCGAAGAUUGGUUCUCCAACUAUAUCUUCUGAUGGCAUCCCUCAAAUUCAGGCUCCGAAUUCAAUAGUUUUGAGCUCUUCUCGGAUGUGGAAAAACCACAUCGUAGCCUACUUCCAUGGAAAUCCACCGUCUCCGGCAAAAAUCUUCUCAGAUUUGAACCCAAUUUGGGGUUUAAAGGGUCGAAUCUCCAUCAAACAUCACUCCUCAGGUGUUUUUCUUAUUUUAUUACCAGAUGUCGAGACAAGGAAUUGGGUCUUAGAUGUGGGUUUCUGGCACUCAGGGAACUGCUCUAUUAUUGUUACUUCUUGGGAAGUCUCAACAGACAUCAGGAAAAUGAAGCUCGUUCAUGCUCCGGUGUGGAUCCUUUUCCGACGAGUUCCACCUGAGCUAUGGUCGGAGGUAGGCUUCAGUACUAUUGCUUCCGCGGUAGGGAUCCCUGUGCACACAGAAUUCCCCAAUAUCAAGCCCUAUACCAAUGGAGUUGUCAAACUCAGAGUGGUAAUCGAACUAGCAAAGAAAAGGGCUAAUUCUAUUAGGAUUAAGGAUAAGUUUGGGAAUUCUGCUCUGGUUCUAAUGGAAGUUCUCAAGAUGCCUCCUAAAUGUGGUAACUGUAAGGAAUUCGGCCAUCUUAAUCUUCGUUGUCCUGCUUCAAUCCUCAAACCGGGUCUUCAAUUACCCAAACCUCAGGAGCCUGCUCCAAGUGUCUGUUUGGAGGAAGCACACUCUGAUUCAAAUUCUAUACCUCCUCAACAAGAAUCAGGAAUCGAUCCUCCAAUAGAGAAGGCUCAGGAGGCAGUUACCAUAGAUUCUACUGGCUCUUUAGUAUCUGACAGUCCACUACCAGUUGUUCCCCACGAGAUUGGGAUCCGAGAAUCGUCAUCUUCGUCUGAACCAAAUGAUGGUUUUACUAUGGUUUCCAGAAGAUCCUCCCCUCCUCCGGUGUCACAAACUGCAUCUGAGAGUAAGCGCUUGGCUUCCCCGGUUACGUCGGCUCAGUUUGGUGAAGAGGAGGAGAUUAUUGAGAAUGCGCAAUUGAGAAGGGCACAGAGACAGCAAGCGUCUCAUCGUACUCCCCCGCUUCUCAUCGAGUUUUCUUCAAGUUUGAAUCCAGAGAAAGUUGCAGUCUCAGAUUUGGCUACCUGUUUUGUUGGAAGUUCGGAACAUCUGCCUAUAGCUGGUGUUCCUGUUUCGGAUUCCUAG